UAAAGCGGAUACAUAAAAAAUAGAUUAAAUUUUGUCAGGCCUGUUUAAGCCAGAAGGUUCAAAGGGCUUGCCCUUGGAGAUCAGAAACGCUUGUCUUGCCUUGCGAAUAGCGUCCCUAUUUGAGCUGACGAGUUCUAGAGGAACGAGUUCUAUGUUGUCCAUAGAAUGGGCAAGAAGGGUAAAGUGAUCUGAAACGGCGGUGGGUUGAUCAAUGUGUUGGUGUGUGAUGGCUUUCUCGAUUGCGCGUCUGUGCUCACCAAAUCUGUCGCUGGGAUGACGGUUGCGCGUGAUAUUCCCAAGCGCGCCCAGCCUGGGUACGAGGCAGUUCCACGAAAGACCUUGCGCGCUUUUCUUUUUUCCUAUUUAGGAAUUCUGUGCUAUGAUGGACUUUUGCGGGUUUUGUUUGUCUGUUUUUCUUUUUUAGGACGAGCUGUAGACUAGACUCUCCGAAAAAAAGAAUAAAACUGGCCGACAGCCGCCCGCGAGAUGCCUGCGAAAUGUACUUGCAGUCCCAUUGACCUGUCAAAUGUCAAUGUCGUUUCCAUGGUGAACAGUCAUAACCGACGUUCCAGUACUUCGUGUAAGAUCACUUUGCGAACGAGCGGGGUAGUUUGUGUGUAGCAGAAAUGGGUUAGUCAGAUUUGCGCUCAAUAUGGUCGAAAUGACCGAACUUUUAAUGGAAAGGAAAGCAGACUAUAUUCAGGUUCAUGAUAAAGUGUCUCGUACAAUGGUGAAAGAUCCAAUAAUCCUAAAUCACAAACCACUCCUAAAUGGCGACUUUGAAUUUCUUGGACGGCAGCAUCGUUCAUCAUCAGAGUGUUCAUCAGAUUCAAAUGUGGACACAUUGUUGGAAGAGGCAGACAAAAUUCAGAGCUCAAAAAAUGGCUUUAAAAAGAAUGCACCAGCCAAGAAGCAAGUUCGUUUUAACAUGGAAAGAAAUAAAGAACACUUUUACAGUUAUGCUCAGGGAUCAGAUGACGACAUUUCUUGUGACCUUAUGAGCAAUGUUAAUUUUGUGGAUUACAAAUUUAAUGAUAACAGUAUGUAUGAGAAUGAUGAGGAUGAUGAUGAUGAUGAUGAUGAGGACGAUGAGGACUCUGAAGAAGACGAGGAAGAUGAAGAAGACUAUUCAGACCACACUGAUCGGGAGUCCAGUGAAGAUGAUUCUAGAGUGGACAAAUUUGGAUAUUUAGUUGAUAAGAGCACUCCUCCUUUAGAAGUUAAUAACAAUUCAAGUGACUCAAACAUUGGCGUAAAUUCAAAGAAAUUAAAUGGAACUACAGAGUCUGUAAAUGGCAUCUCUGAUGAAGUUGUUGAAAAGCUUAUAGUAAAUGGACCAAUGGAUCAUCAGGAAGUACAGAAUGGAAAAUUAUAUGAGGAAAAAAGAUUGCUAGACCUUAGAACACAGGUUCUUCACUUGGAGUCAUCUCUAAGAGCCAAAGAAGAUACAGUUGAGAAUGAAAUGUCCAAUUUAAGCUCCAAGCUGAAGAAAACAAGAGAAGACACAAAACAAGAGAUGGACAAAUUGCAAAAGGAGUUAGAGGACAGGAAAAGACAUUACAUCACUGAAAUGGAGAAUAUUGAUAGAAGAAGAGAGGAACAGAAGAGAAAGUUUGAAGAGGAACUUGAGGAAUUUAGAAAUGAAAAGAAGCUAGAGGAGAGAAGGCAAAGAUACUAUGAACAUGAGGUAUGCCAGCCAUUUUAUAAAGCAAGAUGUUUAAAAUAAAUCACAUUAGAGGACGAGAAAUUCAUGUGGUUGAGUAACCUAUCUGAUGAGUUUUCCAUCCUUAGCUUCGUAUACGCAGUUACGCGCCAUUUUGCUAUUCCAAAGUGCCUCGUUUUAUUCCUACUUCCAGUCUUAUUGGACUGGUGUAGUUUUCGCCCGAAAUUCGACCAGAAAAUAGUCUGCGAUAGCAUCCGGGUCUUUCGGCUCUUGUUUUACGCUGUCUACACACUUGGGCGGGAAACUCGUUACCGACGGGAGACUGAUCUUGGACGGGUU